GCCAGCUACCGCUUGCAGGACUGAAGAGGGCGCGCUGCAAAGACCGGCAGCCUACCGUGGAGAGCCCGGGAGUGGAGUUGGACAGUCCUCGGAGAGAAGAAAUGAGGUAGCGGCGAUCCCCGAAGCCGACCAUGCGUGCGCGCCGACCUUGGAGCCCAAUGCUGCGGUGGUGGAGCUGGUCUGGACAGUGAGCUGGCGGAGCCUGAGUCCCCGGCAUCCCGCUGGAGCGAAGAUGCAGUGAGCCACCGCGGGACUGCUGCGCGGGGCCCGCCGCGGCCAGCCGGACCUAUCAUCUAACCACACUUUGGGCUUGCUACUGAUUCCAGGACUUGCUCAGCUGAGGGGUUCUCGGUCUCUAGCACCCCUAGUAGGUGGGGAGCCCUGGACCCUGGGCAAACUGCUGAAGAGUUUCCGCGGCUUCUGGCUCCAGGCCCGGGGUUUGUGUGUGUGUGUGGCAGGGGGCCCUGUUCACGUUGGCCGGAGUUCCUGCAGAUUCCCGCACCACCCCGUUGCUUUUGCCGAGGCUCCCUCUAUUUAUUUGUAUGCGCGCAUCUCGCUUUUCUUCUGACAUUUUCCGCACCACUCUCCUUCCCUUUUCUCUCGUUGUGUUGCUUGCCUGAGACUUUUUGCCCUCGUCCUUGACCAGGCUGGGGUAAUUCUGUGUGUGUGUGCCUCCACCCCUUACAAACUCGAAGCUGACUAUUUUCCUUAAACAAUUCUUCCCCACCCCCUGCGGGGAUCCCAAGCACUAUCCGUUCUUCCCUGCCCCCCUCUUCCUACCACUGGCCGGCUCCCAGCAGUUUUAUCUUUCGGUCUUGCCCGGGCCAAGCCCGGCCGGGGCUGGUGGCUCAGCUGGGUUCAGACCCGGGGCUCGGCCGCCGCCGCCCAGCUGCGCCCGGGUGCCCUCCAGAGAUGCUGCCCUGGAAGAAGCACAAGUUCGAGCUGCUGGCCGAAGCGCCGCCGCGGCAGGCGUCCAAACCCAAAGGCUACGCUGUGAGCCUGCACUACUCAGCGCUCAGCUCGCUAGCGAGAGCGUGCCCCGAAGGCGCGCUCAGUCGGGUGGGCAGCAUGUUCCGCUCCAAGCGCAAGAAGCUGCACAUCACCAGCGAGGACCCCACAUACACCGUGCUCUACCUGGGCAAUGCCACCACCAUUCAGGCGCGCGGAGACGGCUGCACCGACCUAGCCGUGGGUAAGAUCUGGAGUAAAAGCGAGGCGGGCCGUCAGGGUACCAAGAUGAAGCUCACGGUGAGUGCGCAAGGUAUCCGUAUGGUGCACGCUGAAGAGCGCGCGCUGCGCCGCCCGGGCCACCUCUACCUGCUGCACCGCGUCACCUACUGCGUGGCAGACGCGAGGCUACCCAAGGUCUUCGCCUGGGUGUACCGGCAUGAGCUGAAGCACAAGGCGGUAAUGCUGCGCUGCCAUGCCGUUCUGGUGUCUAAGCCGGAGAAGGCGCAGGCCAUGGCCCUGCUGCUCUACCAGACUUCGGCCAACGCUUUGGCGGAAUUUAAACGCCUCAAGCGGCGGGACGACGCGCGUCACCAGCAGCAGGAGCUGGUGGGUGCGCACACUAUCCCGCUAGUGCCCCUGCGCAAACUGCUCCUGCACGGAUCUUGCUGCUAUAAGCCGCCGGUGGAGCGGAGCCGCAGCGCGCCCAAGCUCGGCUCCAUCACCGAGGACCUGCUGGGCGAACAGCAGGAGCAGGAACUACAGGAGGAAGAGGAAGAGGAGCACCCUGAGGGCUGCCUGGAGGAAGAGGAGGAAGAGGAAGAGGAGGAGGAGGAGGAGAAUCGUGUGGGGGUGGAGGGCCCAGCAGAAGAGGAGACCGAGGCACAGAGGGCACUGGUGGUGGCCAUGCACUUCGAAUGUGGGGACUUGCUAGACACCAUGGAGAAUGGGCGCGAGGAGAUGCUGGGGGGCGGCGUCGUCUCGCUGGGCCCUGGGCUGGGGACUCCACCUCCGCUGUCGUGCAGCGCCUCAGACGUGAAGGCUCAGCUGUCGCAGAUUAUUAACGACCUGGGAGAGCUCAGUUUCGGCAACGAUGUGCGCACCCUGCAGGCAGACUUGAGGGUGACGCGCCUGCUGUCUGGCGAGAGCACUGGCAGUGAGAGCUCCAUCGAGGGCGGAGGCCCGGACGCAACCUCCACCACUGCUGGGAACAAGUCUGGCUCCGCAGACAGCUCCAGCCCCGACGAGCCCCACUCGGGUUGAGCUCCCAGCAGACUCCUCGGUGCUCCCCUGGCACCCCACAGUGGCUCCCCAACCGUUGUUCUAGCAGUCUCCCAAUUCCUCGCCUGCAUCCAAGGGAAAUCGGGCACGUGGGGCCCUGUUCCUGGGUUCCCUCUGGUCCUCCCCAUCCACCCCGCGCCCUAACACUUUUUGCUCUUUUGGAGGCGGCUCUGGUUGCGAGUGGGGAUGUGGGAGAUGUGAAAGAGAAGAAAACCCUACGGAGGAGAAAGGGGUAGUCUUCUUGGUGGUGGUGAAGAGAAGGGCCGCUGAAGUUCAAAAAGUCCAGGAGGGCAGUGUGAGGUGCCUGUCCGCCAGUUUCCUGUUUGCUAAGCAGCUGGGGCCUGAGGAGGAGGGGUUAACUUCCUCCCUCAACCCCUCACUGGGCGAGGCCUUGCCCUGUCAUUGAGAUAUCAUUAAAAAAAAAAAUCUCUCUCACAAUGUUUAAGGUUUAAAUACCACCCUUUUGCACCCAGUUCUUUUUGGUGAGAGAGCUUGGGCUGUUUACCUCAGACUCAGACUCUUGAAAUUCUGCCAAAUUCCUCAAAUAACUAUUGGGGGGGGUGUUAUGAAAGAAAGCGGCAUUUUGUUUACAGUUAAAGACAUCUAAUAUCUAAAAAAAGAGUUCUCCUUUAGAGUCACAUACACCUUCCUCCUGCCCCAAAUAUCUCACUCCAUGAUGCUGUGUAAAAUAUUUUUGCACUGUUGUGAAGUAUKUUUGACAUUUUUUGUACAUAACUGUGUUCUCAGAGCUGAAUGUUUAUAUCUUUUGCUGUGCAAAAGAAACAUGUAAAAUGUUGUUCAGUUGUAUAUAUGGAAAUGUGUAUAAAACAUUUUGUUAUUU